UCCUGAUAUAAGAGAGUCAUACACCUUUGUAAUAAUGAUGAAAGUUAAGUAUGCCAUUGUAUCAUAUAUGUAAGACCUACAAUCUGAGAGAUCUCAUACAGUAUCUGGAAAAGAAAACACACCAUUUUGGAAGAAAGCAGUCAUGAUGCAAUAUGCUCAUCAUCCAAUAUGUCACGAGCACCCCGAUGACACAAAAUAUGUGUCAUCGUGUUGAAGGGGCUGAUUGCCUCACCUCCCUCCUUCCCUUACAAAUUGCUGCCACUACUGGCCACGCCACCUUAUUUGGAUUUAUCUAUUUAACCAAAACUGACCUAACUUUACCUUUAACGUAACCGAAUCUAACCUAACCUAGCUAGCGUAAAAUAGUUGAUGCGACACACUGAUACGUUUUCCUCAGAACAAGUUAACUUUAUCUAACACAUUCAAACUUAUCUAACCAAAGGAAACUAGACUAACCUGGCUAGCAAUGCUGAGGAAUUAAUAUGAAGUUGUUACCUUAUUUCUCUUCAUAAAAUCUGGCGAUACAAUGGAUAUAAUCAAGGCAACACCCUGCCCAGGCAUACAUCUUCUAUAGACUGAUCAAAUAGAGUUGCUUCUCUCUACAAACUGCUCUGAUUGGCUAGAUGUAUCCUGUAUUAUUUUUAUUGGUCUGUGGCAGCUUGCUCAGACAAAAGAACCAGUCACUGUCAUUCAUUUCACGCGUGUGCAAAUAAUGUGACAACAUGCACACAAGAAUGAACACACAUAACAGCAUUCCUCAGUGCUCAGCAGUCCAUCACACAGGUGGAGCACAGUAAUGGUAGCAUGAGUGAUGAAGGGAAGAAGAAGUGGCGCACAAAGAGAAUUAUUGAGCAUGCCAAUCCUCUCUUUGAGUGCUGGCUAGGAGAAUGGCAGCAGGAAGCAGAAAAGAGAGGCUCCAAUAUGAAGUACAACUUUCAGAGGGCUCGCAAGUCUUUGUCAUUGUACCCCCUACCACUGUACACUGGCCAAGACUGCAAGCUGCUUGCCCAUUUUGGCAAUAAGAUCUGUCAGAUGCUGGACAGGCGUCUGGCACAGCAUGAGGAGGAGUUUGGACCAACAGACUGGACUCAGGUCCAUAAGAUAAAGGAAAUACAAAAAAAGAGGCAGAGGAAAAAAACAGUUGGUCCAGCAAUUGAUGCCAUUCCCACAUCACAGUCACCACUUGGAAAUGAGGAAAGUCCGAGAAAGAAGAGGAGCAGAACUAAGAACUGUUACAUUCCUGUGCUACGAUCUGGUGCCUAUGCUUUGUUGAUGACCCUCCACCAAGCCUGUUUUAAGUCACACUACCAAGGAUUCAUGAAGAAAGAGGAGUUAGUGGCUGCUGCUCAGCCAUUAUGUGACGUAUCUCUGUCAAAGCCAGACCAUGUUGGCUCUUACUACACGGGCUGGUCAGCCAUGAAGACUCUUACCAAGAAGGGCCUUGUUCUUCGCCAGAGUCACCCUCCUAGGUUCAGCAUAACUGAGGAAGGGAAAACUUUGGCACUCAAGUUAGAAAGAGCAGAAAACAGUAAUGAUCAGAUGGAGUGUGUUGAUCCAUCAGCAGCCACCUCACUGGACAUAAAGGAAGCUGAGGAAAGAUCCUGCAUCCACUCCAUUUGUACCCACACCCUUUCUUCAUCCAGUGAUGGUGAUGAUGAAGUGGAAGAGGUAAACGGCUCUCCUUCCUGCAGCACAAUGUCCUUAGCUUGGUCACCUCAGUCACAUUCUAAAGAGAAAGUGGAGGACAAGAAUGCUUGUGGGCCUAGAGGACAUUCAGCAGUUAAAUCACUUUCCUCUCCUUCAGAUUUGAUAAAGUUUAGCUAUGUGACAAUCAUGGGCAUGGAGACCCCUCUCAAGGACAAUGCAGCAGUCACUGUGGAGGAAGAUGGCUUUCUAGGGUUCCUGAUUAAGUGCAUUGCCUCAGAUUUGCAAGAAUCUGGUCUUCACUACCGAAUGGACCAUACCAGGACUGCUCCUGCAGGCUUUAUUUAUGUCUUCCUGUCUAAUGAGUGUGCCCCAAGCCAGUGUGUUGGACUGAACAAGGUUGCUGCCCAGUCGCAAGUAUCCCCACCAUCAGUAACUAUCUCCAAGCCAGCCAGAACCAAAUCUCUUUCUCAGCACACAUCAGGUUCAGAAGCUACAGAUGCCUCAUCACUUAAGGCAAGAACAGCUCAAUCCCAGACAGAGAACAAGAAAAAAGUACUUCCCUGCAUUUCAAGUGUUCCUGCUUCUUCUGCAUCACUUUGCAUGCCAUUCACCCUUCUGCCUGGAAGCUUUGAAGUCAUCCUCUGUAUUGAUAAUGCUGAAACCAGUGGAAAAUCAGCAGGAGUACAGCCUAGCAACAAGGACAUCAUUUUAUCUGAGCUCAAAAGAAAUGGUGUGAAGUACAGCAUUCGGAAGCUUCAUGUAGGGGACUACCUUUGGGUUUGCCAGGAGAAUCAGGGAACAUUGUCCACAGACCUGGGAGUCUCUGCAAAGCAGGAAACAAGAGAACUGGUGUUGCCAGUGGUAGUGGAAAGAAAGAGAAUGGAUGAUCUUGCUGCCAGCAUCAAGGAUGGACGUUUCAGGGAACAGAAGUUCCGUCUCAGGCAGUGUGGUCUGAGUCAUCCUGUUUACCUGGUGGAAGAACAUCAAGGCUCUGUAGCUGCUGGUCACAGCUUGCCAGAGAUGACCUGCCUGCAGGCUAUAGUCAACACUCAGAUCAUCAAUGAGUUCACUGUGAAAGUGGUAAAAGGCCAGAGAGAAUCAGCUGCUUACCUUACCAUCAUGACUCGUUAUCUCCAGAGCAAGUACCAGAACCAGUGUGUCAGGUCAGCUCAGCUUCAAGAUAUUGAUGGAAGUCAGACUGACAUCUCUUCUGUAAUUGAGACUUGCUUGUUGCCAUUUACUGAAUUUAAUACAGCUUCAAUGAAAAACCAGCAGCUGACUGUAAAGGAGAUGUUUGCCAAGCACCUUCUUCAGCUCCAUGGUGUUAGUGCUGACAAGGCUCGAGCAGUAGUUGACAAGUAUGAAACACCAAACCAGUUGUUGGCUGCAUAUGAGGAAGAAGGUAGCAUUGGAGCCAAGAAGUUGUUAGCUGACUUGAAGUGGGGCAAGACUAGCAGAAAUCUUGGUCAGGUGCUCAGUGCCAACAUUGCCAGCUUAUACACAUCAAACGUUUUGCACUGAUUGUGAUAGUGGCUCCAAGUCUAUACAUGGAUAAGUGUACCAAGACUGUCUCUUCCUAAAAGGAUGGUAACUAAGAUAAUCCCCCUGAUGGAGAAAAGAAAGUACUCCUGUCAUCAUUUUACAGGGAUCAACUACACAGCUUGAACAGUUUGUAGCUUCAAGUUGUUAGUAAAAUAUAAUAAAUUUUGUAUUUUUACCUUGUUUAAUAAUACAAUGUUGAAGGUUCCUAAUAAAAGCAUAUAGCUA